GAAAUUUAGCCGACUGUAACUCUGAUUGAUAUCUGUAUGGAUUCCGUCUCGGUUGCUGCAUUUGAGCUGGUAAUCCCUACACAAAAAACUCAGAAUUCCGAAUGGAUUUGCCGGGAAUGUAGUUUUGUUUUGGUCUGUUGGCUAGCGAGUGUUCUAAGGUCAUCACGUCGACCAUUUAUUUUCACUUGUAACAAUAAUAAAGUACAGAUGCACUCUUCAAAGUGGAUAGUUUAAUUUUUCUGCUGUCUCAUUGGGAUCAACUGGUCCGCAUCUGGAUGGCAGCCAGAGCACAGGAGGAGGCCGAAAUGCCACCGCAAAAGUUGGUUCCGGACAUUCACCUUCCCGCGCUAGUAUCAGUAGGGGCCUGCUUUACCAUUUCUGUCAUCUACGUGGCCAGCUUGUACGUGUGGAAGUCUCGGCAUGAUCGAGAUCACCCUUUCACCAUUAAGAGACGAUUCUUCAGCGUUUUUGUGGUCAUGUUAAUAGCUCCCCUCUUUGUACUCUUGUUAUCCUGCGAUGCCGUCUUCCAGAAGUACACUAUGUGGGAGAUAAUGGGGUUUCGGCUGGAAGGUCUAUUAACGGCCAUAUGUUUACCUCUGUUGUUGACGUCGAUACUGUUUCUGGGACCACUGAGCGUCACACUUACUAACGGUGUCUGGCGUAUAUAUUCGGAGCCAAUGUACUGGGUCAAUGCGGUUCAGAAUUUGAUGUGGCUACGGAAUCAUCUAGUGGCGCCACUCUCCGAGGAAUUCACCUUCCGUGCAUGUAUGCUGCCAUUGCUACUGCAGACAUUCCGCCCGCAUGUUGCCAUGCUGAUUACACCGCUUUUAUUCGGAUUAGCGCAUCUCCAUCACAUAAAGGAACGACUCCGGGACGGAACUCCUAUGAAAACUGUCCUCACGGUUUCCUUUUUCCAGUUUUUCUAUACCACUAUUUUUGGUAUAUAUUCGGCAUAUCUGUUUGUUCGCUCCGGACACUUUGCGGCGGCGUUCGUAGCGCACGCUUUCUGCAAUCAUAUGGGAUUCCCGGAUAUCCAGGAAGUACUGAAUCAAACGCACCACAGAAAGAUCAUCUUCUUCGGUCUAUAUUUGCUUGGGUUAGUGGGAUGGAUUCUGCUGCUACCGGCAGUUACUACUCCGAGUUGGUAUGCAAACCAUUUGUUCUGGGCGGAUGAUGUUUAAGAGAGAGUGCACUCGUAAGCGUGACUACAUUUUUGCCAUGUUUUUAGAUGUAGGUGUGAUAUUGUUUGAAGAAAAUUAACGUUACAUUUGUCUUCACUAUCCCAAUUUUCUUGGUACAUUUAGUCUUAUUCUGCAUGGCUUUAUUGAACAAUAUAGUCGUUAGACUAUGGAAUCAAACGAUAGUCAGAUUUGAAGGAACCACAUUCGUUCAAUGCUAAACAGGGCGUACCGUUCAUUGGCCUUUAGAUAAAUAGGAAAAAUGUAAUGCAUUCAUUUAGUUCAUUGCAACAAAACGCAUUUAUUAGAAAAAAAAUAGAAAAUUUCUUGUUUGUACUUGGCUGUUUAUUUGCUUUUAAUAAAAGAAGAUGGAUUUAGUACCCAUAUACUAUUGUA